AUGGCCUAUUUCUUUUCUGCUUCAGAUUUAUCUCAGCUGCAGCUGUUAGGAAGACAAAGGAUGCAAGCUCCCAACCCUGUGGAAUUUCCUGGAACAUGGCCUCUUCCUGGUCUCUCUUCACCCAUGGCACCCCCAAACAUCAUGUAGCCUGGCUCUUUCUACCUGCCUGAGACUCCUAGGCUAUUCCCUUUGCCUCCUAUAGGAGCACCAUGUCCCAUCCCUCUGACAUCCCAGACCCUAGUCCCUCCUACCAGCUUCCCUGUGACUUACCCUCCUGGAGGGCCAGGUGUUUCAUGUUCUAGUGCCCUCCCAACCACUGGUAUCUUGACUCCUCAUCCAGGACAUCAAGUUUCCUGGAAAGUUACUCCAGUCCCCAGGGGAAACCUUCAGACAAAAAAGCUGCCAGAGACAUUUAUGCCUCCAGCACCAAUUACUGCUCCAUUUAUGAGCCUUGGCCUUGAGCCCAAGUGGGUCCUGCCAUCACAGUCCUCUGUCUCCAGUGUGAGUCACACUCCCCCUGGAGCUCCAGGAGAACUCAGCCUGCAGCAACUUUGGCAACUGUCUCCUAAGAAAAUGGAAAGGAAGGAGCUGCCCCCGGAGCAUCAGCCCUUGAAGACCAGUUUUGAGGCUCUUCUCCAGCGCUGCUCCCUGUCUGCAACUGACUUAAAGACAAAAAGGAAGCUGGACGAGGCAGCCCAACGUCUAGAAUGUCUAUAUGAGAAGCUCUCUGAGGGGACACUCUUGCCCCAUGUCCUGGCUGGGCUCCACGAGGUUGCCCGAUGUGUGGAUGCAGGAAGCUUUGAGCAGGGUCUCACAGUGCAUGCCCAGAUGGUGGGCAGCAGCAACUUCAGCGAAGUAUCCAGCUUCAUGCCUGUCCUAAAGGGUGUUCUCACCAUUGCUCAUAAACUGCAGGGCAAAGCCAGGCAGCUCUCCCACCAAGAGGCCUCUUCUGCUGUUACUCAACUCCUCCCUGCAGAAAAGGGGAGUUUUGCAAUAGAUUGUGUUUCUUUCUCCCAGCCCUCUUCCCCUUGCUGCCAGGUAUGUGAUGCUGUGGGCUAGGCUUCAAACCAGCUGAGGGCCUGCUUUUUACCUCUUUAUGCCUGGCUGUCUGAGGCUGACCCUCAGCCAGGAAGUCAGGGCAUACAGCCAUGUCUUACUUUCCCUACUGCAGAACUCUGACAGGACCGCACCAGGGUGUCUUCUCCCCAAGGGAUAUUCUGUUCUCUUGAUUUCAGAGAGGGUGAACAGGGUCAUUGUGUCCGAGUCUACCUCUGCUGUGGCCCAUCUUGUGGGUCUUUUGAUUUUCCCUUCUGGGGCUUAUGAUCCUGGCCUUACCUUCUUCCUGCUUCUAACUUCAUAUUUCCAGGGCCAUAUUCCUCUGUAACCCUAGGGGCUGGGGGAGAAAUGGGAUGAUGGGUGCUAAGCAGAACAGAAGGAGGAACAUUAUUCAGGGUGGGCUAGGUUAGGGGGCAGGUGGAAGGUGUCUUAGGCUAUGAGAUAGCAGCAGAGGGACCACAGCCUUUAGGGAACUUCCUUUGACUGCCUAGACUUGAGCCCAGCCCAAGGCCUUAGGCUAUCCAUUCUGUAACUUCUAAGUCCCAUUCUGGAACAGGAGCCACUUUAAUAUAAGACUGACUUUCGGCACUGCUCUUCAAAGGAGCUCCCCUCAGCUGCCACAAGUCUCAGGGCUGUCUUCUCUGGUUGUAUUUUAUGGCUGAACUCUACAACUGAUGCACUGAUGUACUUAAUGGUGCAAUAAAGCUGCUUUGAUUUGGUUUCCUCAGUCAUCUCCUAAUCAUUGUCUCCUCUCCUCUGGGUCCUAUUUUUUUGAGUCCUCUCUGUUCUUGUUCCCUAUACUCUAGGAAGGCAGGGAGAAAAGACCAGAAGUCAGGAGAAUUGAAGAAAGGAACUUUUUCAAGUCCAGCUCCAUGAAUUUAGGCUACAAAACUCUCUCUUUGCAGCAUUUGUGGGCACACUGCUUGGUAUGUGUGUGUAUGUGUGUGUGUGUGUGUCCACCCAUGCCUGACGUUGAGCCUCCAGGGUUUUCCCCACACCACUUCAGGGCUGAGCUCAGCUGCACAAAGGGCUUGGGUGUGAAGCCAGGGGUACAAGCCCUAAUCCUGUUGUCGAUCCCAUCAUGUCUGCAGGCUAGAUGUGUGUGUUUGGGAGGGAGGAAUUGUUAGGCAGUAUUUGUUUG